CAGAGGACUACUAUGAAGACUCGUAGCUCUUCAAAAAUCUCUGCAAAAUGGGUUCCCAUUUUCUCUGUUUUUUCCUUCCUUCUUGGAAUGCUCAUCACAAGCAGGAUGUGGCUACCACCUGAAUUGAACGGCGUGGUUCUGUCAAAAUAUCGGCAUGAACAAGAACGAAAAGUGUUCUCAGGGGAUUGUGCUACUAAAAAGGAGUCUGUGCACGAUAAGGAUGUAAUGAACGAAGUGUUCAAAACCCAUGAAGCCAUUCAAUCUCUAGACAAGCAAGUUUCCAUGCUUCAGAUGGAACUGGCAGCAGCGAGGAGUACACGAGAACCUGGGAUUUCAGAUGGUUCGGCUAACUCCUUGGGCUCGGGCCUCUCCACUGAAGGCCCUCCCAGGAAGAAGGUGUUUAUGGUGAUUGGGAUAAACACAGCUUUCAGUAGCAGGAAGCGGCGUGAUUCGGUUAGAGAGACUUGGAUGCCUCAAGGGGAACAGCUUCUUCAAUUGGAACGCGAGAAGGGAAUCAUCAUCAGAUUCAUGAUUGGUCACAGUGCAACUUCCAACAGCAUUCUAGAUAGAGCAAUUGAUUCAGAAGAAGCCCAGCACAAAGACUUCCUUCGCCUGGAACAUGUUGAAGGGUAUCAUGAAUUGUCUGCUAAAACAAAAAUUUUCUUUUCUACUGCGGUUGCAGAAUGGGAUGCCGAUUUCUUUGUUAAAGUGGAUGAUGAUGUCCAUGUCAAUUUAGGUGUACUGGCAACGACCCUUGCUCGUCAUCGUUCAAAUCCCAGGGUCUACAUUGGGUGUAUGAAAUCUGGACCUGUUCUUUCACGAAAGGAUGUUAAGUAUCGUGAACCUGAGUUUUGGAAGUUUGGUGAAGAGGGUAACAAAUACUUCCGACAUGCAACUGGGCAGAUAUAUGCAAUCUCUAAGGAUCUGGCCACUUACAUUUCCAUCAAUCAGCCAAUAUUGCACAAGUAUGCUAAUGAAGAUGUCUCACUCGGCGCAUGGUUCAUUGGUCUGGAAGUUGAGCAUAUUGAUGACCGGAGUAUGUGCUGUGGGACUCCUCCAGACUGUGAGUGGAAGGCUCAAGCAGGUAACAUAUGUGUUGCAUCCUUUGAUUGGAGCUGUAGUGGAAUCUGCAAGUCAGUAGAGAAGAUUAAAUUUGUCCACUCAAAGUGUGGUGAAGGGGAUGGAGGUGUUUGGAGUGCUUUAUUUUAGGUUGGUUCAAGGGAAAGAGGAACUGAUAGUUUAAUGCAAUUGAAACAAAGGCAGUUUUCUUUUCUGGGUUAUGAGUUGGAAAUCUGUGCAAAUAGAAAUAACAUGGAAGAUUUCCUCAGCCUUUUAAAGCUACCGGAGAGGAUGCUUGAUCAUUUUGGUGGAAACUGUUGUUUCAAGUUUAGAAUUGCAUGAAUUUGGAUUUAAGGUUACACGUGUUCAUGUUACCUUCCCGUCUUAUUUUAGGGUGUGCGAGGAUAUGAUAUCUAUACUCGGUGUUAUGUAACAUGGGCCUCUUUUUUAUGUUUCUGUUUUUGUUUACUCGAUGUUUUUUUUUAUGUAUUUGUGCAAGGUCGAAUUUUUGUUUUGUAUAGUGA